CUGGCACGUGCGAGCAGCACUGUAUCGUUGAUAUAACAGCGUUCUUUCCCCGUGUGCAACAGCUCUCGGUGGGCGUCGUACGACGGGGACGGAUCUCUCUGCCUAAACGAGAAUCGACCACAUAAUGGGGGAGUGAUGGCGGCCACAGAGUGUUACAUCGUCCACGAGAUCUACAAUGGUGAGAAUGCACAGGAGCAGUUUGAGUAUGAGCUGGAACAGGCUCUGGAGGCACAGUACCGCUACAUCGUGAUCGAGCCCACGCGGAUCGGAGACGAAACCGCCCGCUGGGUGGCCGUCGGAAACUGCCUGCACAAAACAGCCGUACUGGCGGGGGCUGCGUGCCUCCUCACGCCACUCGCUCUUACUGCCGACUACUCCCGUUACGUGGCACUGCCGGCUGGUGCACUAAGCCUGGCAUGCGCCACACUGUAUGGCAUCUCCUGGCAGUUCGACCCCUGCUGCAAAUACCAGGUGGAAUAUGACAGUCAGAAGCUCUCACGGCUGCCCCUGCACACGCUCACCUCCUCCACACCAGUGGUUCUGGUUCGACGGGACGACGUUCACAGAAAGAGACUGCACAACACGAUAGCGUUGGCGGCCCUGGCGUACUGUGCCAAGAAGAUCUAUGAACUGUACGCUGUAUGAGAGCAAUGACACACACACACACACAUGCAUAUAGAUACUGACAUAUGCAUACACACUUGCACACACAUGCGGCAGGGAGGUGAGAAGCACUACUAAACAUCCAACACUGGCAGAUACACACAUACUCCAACAUACAUACAAGAUCACAACAAUAAUAUGUGGAUGGACCGAUGGAGAGAGUUAUUGAAACAAAAGCAGUGGCAAGAAACAAACAGUACUCUCUCUGUCACUAUUUUUCAUCAUUUUGCUUCAGCUGUGUAAGAUUGGACAGGCGGACCGAUUGAUUGAUGGAUGGAUGGGAGGGUGUAAGAGAGGAAGGGUUGGGGGGGAGCUCUUAGUUACUAGAAGAAAGAUUCUUUCCCUUUUUCUGUACUUUAAAGUGAUCUCACCCUUGCACUUGAUAUGCCCCCUUCCCUGUGCCUUUCCAGCCCCUUCCCUCCCCCACUGUCACCUGCCACUCACACGGAGCCUUCGCACCUGGGACUGAACGUGUGGUGAACGGACAGACAUGUUUUAAAAUGACCUUUGAAUCCUCUCUUUUCUCCCCCUGUGUAGUUUUACUGUACUCUGCCUUUGGUGCGUCACCUUUUCAUUAAAGAGUAGGAGAUUUAACCUCAAUGGCAUCUCUGAUGACCUCUGAUCCUUUCUUACAAAUCAUCUGAUUAGUAGCUGUCAUGCACACUUCACAGUGAGAUGUAUUUAAAAUCUUUGGUUAGUUAUGCUUCAGUCCAUAACUUCGGAUCAAAAUCCAAAUCUCAAUUCAUACAAAGUUAUGGACUGAUGCAUAAUUAACCAAAGCUUGUAAAUAAUUCUAAUUUGCAAAACAAUUAACAAACAAACCAGUUUAAUUAAAUAAAAUGUUAAUAUAAAGUCCUCUAAUUGUUCAUUAAAUAUCUAUUUGGAAGAUAAGAAUUUUUAAAAUGUUAAAUAAUGUUUACACCUUUACUGUUUACUAUGUUUUUAUGAUUGCACACUGGCCGAUGGAUAUAUAGUCCCACAACUGAGAUGAAAAGCUUGAACAUUCAUCUAUAGCUGUGUCUCCUUUGGAAGGCUGAGUGCUAGGCUGGACGCGUAUCCUUUGAAGCCUGCAGUAUAUCACGCGUCCGCCAAGUUUAAAUGAGAAGGCGUUCGUAGGAAUGGAAAUGGAACGCAACAUGGUUGCUAUGACCGCAGUCCCUUUAGAAGGGAAUGUAUGAGGUACAUUUUAGGAGAGUUAUAAUGAUGUAAAGAGAAAUGAAAAUAGAUAUUACAGGUGUACUUUUGGUGUAAUACUUUAUUUUAAUUAUAUAUUAAUAUAAUUAUACAUAUUAUAUACUCUGCACCUAGCUACUGAGGUACUUCAACUUGGGAAUUCACAUUACUUGCUUUUGAACAUCACAUUAAUGGGCAAAUUGACGGAAUUUUUUUUUUUUAGGCAUUUCUGUUGAAGCAAAGAAUUGUGGAUUGUGAGUGCCCACGAAGGAUACACCUCAUGCAUCCUUCGAAUUCUCAUGAAAGAAGGUCGCAUUUGAAGUGUCCUACUCUCUGUAUUAAACGAGACAGUCUCGUUUAAUACAGAGAGUAGGACACUUCAAAUGCGACCUUCUUUCAUUUGAAGUGUUCUACUCUCUGUAUUAAACGAGACAGCCUCGAUGAGGUAUGCGGCCUUCAAAUGCGACCUCCGGAGGACACAUUCUUCCAAACGAGACAGUCAUAUAUAUGUUCCAUAUAUAAGUUUAACAAUCAGUGUUGACCUCUUACAGAUCAGGGACGCCUCACCCCUCUUCACAGUUUUUGGCAUUACACAUAGGGGUUACUGUCUGAUUAUGGCAUUGCAUACUUACAUGUGUCCUAAACACAGGGUUGGGAGGGUUACUUUUGAAAUGUAUUUCACUACAGAUUACUUGCUGUAAAAUGUAAUUUGUAACACAUUCCGUUAGAUUACUCAAGGUCAGUAAUGUAAUCUAAAUACUGGUGGAUUUUUUUUCACUUGUUUUGACUAUAAAAUCUCUGCCAGUACAGUAAGACAAAAUACACAUGUUAAAAAUACAUUCUCUGAAAAACCUAAAUAUCUUAUGCAGUGUUGUUUCUAAAACUAAAUCAAUCAAAUUGAUCUUGUUUUAAGAAUUUUUUGACAUUUGUACAGGAAAACAAUACAAAAAUGAUCAAGAAUAUGAUUUUUGCCCUAAUGUCAAAGCUCUUACUAGAAAAAAAGAAAUUAUUAUCCAACAUGAAUUUUAUACAUAUUUCUUGCUAAAAAUAUGAUCGUGCCUGUUGCGAUAUGAUAUGUGCAUGUAAAAUGGCUAGAAAUAGCAUUUUAGCUUAGCAUAAAGCUGACAAUUUGCACAAGGUUUAUUUCUAUUUCUUCCACUCCAAACAUACUUCACACUUCUCUGUCUGCUCGUAUGAAUGUAACACAUCAUAAGAAAGUGUUUCACUGCUGUUCAAAUGCACUUUGGAUCGCAUCAUUUAUAUGAAUAAAUGUUUUCCAUCUGAAAGGACUAAAUAUUCAAUUAAACAAAUGACAAUAAAAUGCAAAGUAAUCUCUUCAGUAAUCAAAAUACCAUUUGAACGUAACUGUAUUCUAAUUACCAAUGAUUUAAAUUGUAACUGUAGUGGAAUACAGUUACUUAUAUUUUGUAUUUUAAAUAAGUAAUCCUGUUACAUGUACUCAGCUACUCCCCAACCCUGCCUAGAUAUGACACUUUACAAUAAAAUUAUACUUCUAGAUUAAUGCUUAAUGCAAAAACCAAGCUGUGUCAUUUGAGUGUAUCGAAUUCUACUAUAUUUCAUGUCAGUGAUGCUCUGAGGUGAGCAGGUGAGUGUAUGUUUGCUAAAAUUCAUUAUAGAUACAGAUUUAAACUCGAUGCCAGAGAGGCAGACACAGAGCAUGAAACUAAGCAAUCUCAUCAGUGCACUUUUAUGUUUGUUACAGAUCUCAUUUAGUAGGAACCAGAGUGGAAUUACUUUUUUUUCUCCAGUUACUUAAGGAUUUGGAUAUAUCAUGGCUGUAUAAUAAACUUUUAGUGACAAAGUUGA